AUGCUGAGGUUUCUGUUUCUGCUCUUUGGGCUCAUCGGGCUCCAGACAGACAGUAGUGAUUCUGAACUACUACUACCUGUGCAAAUUAUAAUUCCAGAGAAAAAACGGUCAACAUCAAGAGAUGGAGUUGAAACAAAUGUGUCUUACAACAUUGUAAUUGAUGGGAAAACAUACACUAUGAACCUGAUGCAAAAAGCUUUCUUGCCUCCUAGUUUUAGAGUUUAUGGUUAUAAUGGCACAGGAUAUAUGAAGCCCUUUGAACAACAGAUUCAGAAUUUUUGCUACUACCAAGGGUAUAUUGAAGGGUAUCCAAAUUCUAUGGUGAUCCUUAGCACAUGUACUGGACUCAGGGGCUUGCUACAGUUUGAAAAUGUAAGUUAUGGAAUUGAGCCCUUGGAACCUUCAGUUGGUUUUGAACAUGUGAUUUACCAAGUAAAUAAUAAGAAUACAGGUGCUUCUUUAUAUACUGAGGAGGAUAUUGAUCCAAGAGACUUGCCCUUUAAAAUACAAAGUGUACAGUCACCUACAGAUUUCUCUAGUUAUAUAGAAAUGCAUGUUGUAGUUGAAAAAUAUUUGUAUACUCAUAUGGGUUCUGAUACGGCUAUUGUCACUCAAAAAAUUUUCCAAUUAAUUGGACUGACUAAUGCUAUUUUUACUUCAUUUAAUAUUACAAUAAUUCUGUCUUCACUGGAGCUUUGGAUAGAUGAAAAUAAAAUGCCAGUAACAGGAGAUGUUAAUGAAUUAUUACACAAAUUUUUAAAAUGGAAAAGGUCUUAUCUUGUUUUGCGUCCACAUGAUAUGGCAUUUUUACUUGUUUACAGAGAAAAAUCAGAUUAUGUUGGUGCAACCUUUCAAGGAAAGAUGUGUGAUAGACAAUAUGGAGGAGGCAUUGCUGUGCACCCCAAAACCCUAAGUCUGGAAUCACUUGCAGUCAUUAUAGCUCAAUUACUGAGCCUUAGUAUGGGAAUAGCUUAUGAUGACAUUGACAAAUGCCAGUGUUCAGGAGCUGUCUGCAUAAUGAACCCAGAAGCAAUUCAUUCCAGUGGUGUGAAGAUCUUUAGUAACUGCAGCAUGGAAGAUUUUGCACAUUUUAUUUCAAAGCCAAAAUCCCAAUGUCUUCGAAAUCAUCCACGUUUAGAUCCGUCAUAUAAAGCUGCAGUUUGUGGUGAUAAAAAAGUGGAAGAAGGAGAAACAUGUGACUGUGGGACUGCAGAUAAACACGGACUGCCUCGCACUCACAUAUUGAUAUUAGAUAGUGAAUCCAAAUUACAAAUAGAUGAUGACAUUGACAGUAUAGUUAAGGCAGAAAUUCUGGAUGAAGACCAGCGUCCUCAACUUUUUCAAAUUGAGUGUAAUCAAAUCCCAGACAAUUGCUGUGACUCUACCACAUGUGCACUAAAAGCCGGUUUAGCUUGUUUAACGGGAGCAUGCUGUACCAAGUGUCAAUUUUCGCCAAAAGGAACUCCAUGCAGGAGUUCCAUACAUGAAUGUGAUCUCACUGAAUAUUGCAAUGGAUCAUCUGGGGAAUGUCAAGAGGACUUUUAUGUUCAGGAUGGUCAUCCAUGUGAAGAGGAAAAAUGGCUCUGCGUACAGGGACACUGUAAGAGUAUGGAAUCACAAUGUGCAGAAGCAUUUGGUGAAGCUUUAGGUGCAGCUCCUCCAGAGUGUUUUAAAUACCUUAAUUCUAUGACUGAUAGAUCUGGCAGCUGUGGUGCAGAUGCUUCAGGAUACAAGAAGUGUGAUCCUGAUGAUGUGAUGUGUGGAAAAUUAAUAUGUAAACAUGACGGUGAAAAUAUACUUGAAAGUAGCAGCGCCAUCAUUAUUUAUACUAAUGUAAAUGGAAAUAUCUGUGUCGCAUUGGAAUAUAAAUAUGAUCAUGCUGAGAGCAAUAAGAUGUGGGUAAAAGAUGGAACUGUUUGUGGUACAAAUAAGUUGUGCAAGCAACAGAAGUGUGUAGAUAAUGACUUGGGUUAUGACUGCACUCCACAAAAAUGCAGCAAUCAAGGUGUAUGCAAUAAUAAAAAAAACUGCCACUGUAACCCCAAGUAUUUACCUCCAAAUUGCCAAAAUGUAGAAGAUUCAUUUCCUGGCGGGAGUGUUGACAGUGGCAAUUUUCUAGCUGUUGCAACAACACCAGGCCAAGCCCAAAGACUUUAUGUUGAGAAUGUUUAUCCUUCGAAACCUAUGAGAUGGCCAUUUUUCCUACUCAUUCCUUUUUGUGUUAUUCUCAGUAUAAUGAUAAUAACCCUGGUAAAAGUUUAUUUACAAAGAAAGAAAUGGAAAACUGAGGACUAUACAAGCGAUGAGGAACUUGAAAGUGAGAGUGAAUCCAAGAGUAGCCUGGAAAACAGAGACUCCAUAAUAUCAUAAGCAAUUAUCUUUGAUGAACAGGAAAAAUGGAAAAGAAAAAGUACAUGUAUUUUCUGAUUGCCUCAGAUUCAAAACCUG